AUGUCUUCUAACCAGUACGACUCUCAGGCUUCCACCAACUACAAGGAGGCUUUUGCCCUCUUCGACAAGCGCGGAAAUGGCCGUGUGACUGCAGACAGCCUGGGCGAUUUGCUCCGGGCUUGCGGCCAAAACCCCACGCUGUCCGAGAUCAGAGAUUUGGAACAGACUGCAGGUAAUGAAUUCGAUUUUGAGACCUUCCAGCGAAUUCUGAAUCGCCCCGGCGGGUUCCGCGAUCCUGGCGAGCCAGAGGAGUAUUGCCGUGGCUUCCAGGUGUUCGAUAAAGAUAUGACGGGAUUCAUUGGUGUUGGUCAACUGAAGUACAUCCUGACAAACCUGGGAGAGAAGAUGUCUGAGGAGGAGGUUGAUGAGCUGCUGAAGGCUGUGGACACCAGCUCCGGCCAGGUCAACUAUACUGAUCUUGUCCGAACCAUUCUUGCCAACUAA